UCGGCGGUCUCCAGCAUCCUCGGCGGCUUCAUGGCCUCUGGCUCCAGCGCGCACGAGCUCCACCCGGACCCGCAGCUCCGGUUCCCGUACAGCAGACCGGAUUUCCUCGCGCUGUCUCCAGACGAGGUGGAGUGCUCCGCGGAUCACGUCUCCAGACCCAUCCACAUCCUCAAGGAGAUGAAGCUGCCCUGGGCCGCCGGAUACGCGGAGGUGAUCAAUGCCGGUAAAAGCCCUCUAAAUGACGACCAGGCGUGCUGUGAGGUGGUAGAGCUCAGGAGACGCUCCUCGCUGCCCAGCGCAGACCUCCUGGAGGCCAUCGACAGCACAGUGAGGCCUGCUGACAUCACUCCUCACAGAGGUGAAGGAGCUGAACUUCCACUACUCCACUACCCCAUCCAUCACCUCCACCCAUCUGCUGGAUGCCUGUCCCGGGCCGCUUCGCUCAGAGGGGCCCACUUAUACAACGCACCGCGGUUCUUCAUGGAGAAGAAGAUCAAACAGGAGAGUCUGGUGGUGGGAGCCAUAGAGAACGCCUUCAAGGAGAUGGAUGCUCAUAUCGCUCGAGAGAGGAUGCUUUACUCUAUAUCUGGAGGAUGUACUGCUCUUGUAGUGGUGUAUUUACUUGGAAAACUGUACGUGGCCAACGCUGGUGAAAGCCUGAAUAUCACUAAACCAACUGAGGCCUACAAAACCGUCCUGGAGGAAGAUCUGAAGUGUCCACUCAUAUUCGUAGGGGAAAAAAAGGCGCGUGUUUUGGCCACCAUCGGCAUCACUCGUGGACUCUGAGAUCAUGACCUGAAGGUUCACGACUCAGACAUCGCUAUCAAGCUGUUCCUCUCCUGCUCUCCAGAGGUGAAGAUCUAUAAUCUCUCUGAGUAUGAGCAUGGCGCCGAUGAUGUCAUGAUCCUGGCUAUAGAUGGACUCUGGGACGUGCUGUCCAAUCAGGAAGUGGUAGAGGCGGUAUCUGGUUUCCUUGGAAACUGUGACCCUGAUGACCAGCACAGGUACACAAUGGCAGCUCAAGAUCUGGUGAUGAAAGCCCGAGGUGUUCUGAGGGACCAAGGCUGGAGAAUCGCUGGAGGCUCUGGAGACGACAUUUCAGUCUUUAUAAUUCCUCUAAUGCAUGGCAAUAGCCAACAGCCUCAGCCUAGCUGA